AUGUCGAAGAAUGUGGACCAGGGGGAGUGGGAGGACUGCGGCGACGAGGAGGCGCAGGAGGAAGGGGAGGAGGACACCACCAUCAACAACUCUAAUGUAGUGGUGCGCCACAAGAAGGCCGCCGUGUGGUGCAAUGAAACAUUGCGCUUGCUCAUCGAUGCCACAAAGCCUGGCGCCAAGGUGUGCGACCUGUGCCGCCUCGGUGAUGACACCAUUGCCGCCAAGGUUAAGACGAUGUUCAAGGGUACGGAAAAGGGAAUUGCCUUCCCGACGUGCAUCUCGGUCAACAGCUGCGUGUGCCACAACAGCCCAGGCGCGUCGGACGAGGCGACGCAGCAGGAGAUCUCGAUGGGCGAUGUCGUGCACUAUGACCUCGGUAUCCAUGUGGACGGCUACUGCGCCGUCGUCGCGCACACCAUCCAGGUGACCGAGGACAACGAACUCGGCAAAGACGAGAAAGCGGCACGUGUCAUUACGGCGGCGUACAACAUCCUCAACACUGCGUUGCGCCAGAUGCGCCCUGGUUCGACCAUCUACCAGGUGACGGAUGUAAUCGAGAAGGCUGCAGAGCACUACAAGGUGACUCCGGCUGACGGCGUCCUCUCGCACAUGAUGAAGCGUUACAUCAUUGACGGCUACCGUUGCAUCCCGCAGCGCAGGGUCGCGGAGCACAUGGUGCACGACUACGAUCUCGAAAAGGCGCAGGUGUGGACGCUAGACAUCGUCAUGUCUUCUGGCAGGGGCAAGCUCAAGGAGCGCGAUGUGCGGCCGUGCGUUUUCAAGGUGGCGCUGGACUCCAACUACUCUGUGAAGAUGGAGAGCGCUAAGGAGGUGCAGAAGGAGAUCGACUCCAAGUACGCCACCUUCCCGUUUGCCAUCCGCAACUUGGAGUCCAAGAAGGCCCGCCUCGGUCUCAACGAGAUGUCAAAACACGGUGCUGUCAUCCCGUACCCCGUUCUCUUCGAAAAGGAAGGUGAGGUUGUCGCCCACUUCAAGAUUACCUUGCUCAUCAGCAACAAGAAGAUUGAGCCGAUCACAGGCCUGAAGCCACAGAAGGCCCCGGCGCUCGAGUCGUACACCGACGAGAUGCUCCUUGCGACAAACAAACUCUCACUGUCGCUAGAAAAGAGGGCGACGAAGUAG